AUGUUUGACCCUUUAUCAUCCUCUCCAGACUUUUUAACAUUUAGAACAUCAUUAAAUUUAAACCAACAAAAUAACAGUAUCAGUAGUGAUGAUAUUGUUUCAAAAGGUUUUAUUGGUGGCAAUGAUUUAUCAACGAUGAUGAAUACGAUGUCUAUUGAUGCUAACAACAAUAACAACAACAACAAUAACAACAUUGAUUCAAAUAAUAUAAAUAAUAUAAAUUUAAAUGGUAUUAGUCUUUGCGACAAUAAAAAUAGCAUAGAUAACAAUUAUGAAGAAACAAUAAUAAGAACGAGUAAUAAUAAUAAUAAUAAUAGUAGUAGUAGUAGUAAAGCUAAUGAUAUAGUUAUAACUACCACUACAACAACAACAACUACAAUAUCAAUGACAUCACCAACAUUAUCAAGUGAUAACAGAAUUACUUUAUAUACGCCACCACCAUCACCACCAAAUGGUAUUAAUUAUUUUAAUUCUUCGCUAUCCUUAUCAUCAAAUAAUAGUUCACAAGGUGUAUUCAUUUCACAACAUAGAAUGAUUGCAAUGCAUAAAAUAUCAAUUGGUCAAAAGAAAAAAGUAUACACAUAUAUCUAUAUAUUUAAUUUAUUAUUUAUUUAA